AUGAACGAGUCAACCAGAAAGCAAGUACUUUCGAGGAGCCGCUUCCUGUAUUUUCGUCGCAAAGCCAUACGAAAGAACACAGCUCGUCAAUAUGAGAGUUAUACUGUCUUUAUUCCUCACUUGCUUCCUGCUUGGAUUCCUGGCCAGUAUAGGCAAUGGUCAGCUGAUUGGACGGGGCGUCCUUUCUACUGCACAAGGAACCACUGGUAACUUAAUACCCCAAGCCCCGACUCUCAACGAUGCCCUCACUAGUAUCCUUGGACCUCUUUUGAGUGGUAACUCUACCGGAGGAGGAAACAGCCUCACCGGUAGCCUGACUAAGCUCUUGACGGGUCUUCAAGAAGUGUCGAUCGGUGAUCUACUUCAAGGUAUUUUGAAUGGAAAUCUUUCACAACUUCAGAUACUACUUGGUCCUGUAAUCGAACUCUUAGAAAGCUUACCUAUAGUUGGCCCACUCAUAAUACUCCUAUCUCAAGUAUUGCGUAUUCCACUAACUCUUGUCGCAAGUAUAGUCGCUUUAUUACUCGAGCUCUUGUUGGUUCUCUUGAACAUAACGAGAAGCACGAGUGGUUGAUAAUUGUCUUAUACAUUAGCAUUCGUACAAUUUAAUUUGGAUAUGCAUAUUCAUAUAUUAUACGUGUUACAAUAAAAUGUGCAUUUUGUGAAAUAAAAUUCUAUCUCAAAAAUGAAAAA